AUGAAACUUUCGACUCCUAUUCGUACUGUGGAAAAUGAAAGUGAUUGCCAGCUAUCAAAAGACUCUUCUCAUGGCGCUAGUACAGCUUCUUAAUUUAUUCCUGAAGAAAAAAAUGAUGGUACCUAUAUAGCACGAAACAAAGUUUUGAUGUGGUAAUUUUUCAGGUGUAUCAGAGAAAUAAGAACAAGAAAUAUCUUUAAAUUUUUGAAAGCCGGCUGAACGGACGAAAUGCAUAUAAAUCACUUCAUAUGGUCGUAAAAUCUUAAUUUUUUUUUCAAAAAUUGAUCAGACAAAAUAUCUAUUUUCCUCUUAUGAUAAAUUCCUGCAUUUUUUUUUUCAUUUUUUCUGAAGCUCUUCGAACCGGUAGCAUGGCUCGUAUAAUGAAUUUGUCAUUGCUCAUCAUCGGGACCCUUCUGCAAGCGAUAUUGACUCAAGGUACAAGUGUAAAUGUAGAUGUAGACGACAAUAACAAAUGCAGCAACUGUGAGAAUUGCUGCAACAAUAAUGGGUGUGUAUCUGGUGAUAUGCAUGUAGAGGAGCAAAGCAGAGGAAUCAUCCGCGUAUCACAGCUAUCCAAUGGAGACUUCAUCCGAGGAAUUUCCGGAGCUGAUCGUAAGCCUGGUUGGUGCAGAGUUGAAGCCGUAUAUCCCUCUUCAUACGAUAAAGUAACCACGUAUGAAGGUUUCACAGCAAACCACAUGGUCGUUGAUGAUGACUCGGUACACCAAUACGGAGAGAAGGGAAACGCGACCGAAAACAUACCAUUUAAGCUGGCCACAGAAUGCGAUGCAGCCCUGAAUACCGCUGGCCAAGUGUUUACACCCAUUAGCACCGCAUUCUGUCCUCAUGAUCUAGCUUGGAGCGAGUACCUGACUUUGAUGGCCGCUAUUCGACGCGUCACAGAUCGCACUGGGUUUUUCUGGUAUUUCAGUGAUGCCUUCCAUGACAACAAGACAGCCCACAUUCCGCAAUGGAUGGACAUGCUGCAUGAAAUGUGCUUGGAGCUCCUGAGCUGUGCACGAGAUGGAAAAUGCCAGCAGUUUGAAAAGGUGAUGGCGGAGUUCGUCCGAGAACACGUGAAUAAGAAAUACGUAUACAUUGUUGACGUGGUGUUUCCCAACAUGGGUGGUGAUGUGAGCAAAGAGGAAGCAGGAACUAUCUCAGAGACUGUUCGACCUAAGGAAACGAGAAGCAUUUUGCUGAUUUCUGCUGUCGGCAGCGCCAUAGUUGGGUUCUUGCUCGUCCUCCUUGUUGCAGCCAUAUUUUACCGCAAAAAAUACGGCCGAGGAAAUAAGAAAAUGCAAGAUCUGCAAGCCAAACACCCGCAAGUCAACGCUGACGAUGGAAAGGCCUAG